GAUGACAAUGGAUGCUCUGCAGCUAGCGAACACUGCCUUUGCGGUUGAUAUGUUCAAAAAACUAUGUGAGAAGGACAAAACAGCCAAUAUUAUUUUUUCCCCACUGUGCACCUCAACUUCUCUGGCUCUGGCAUAUAAAGCUACGAAAGGUGAUACUGCAGACCAAAUGAAACAGGUACUCCAUUUAAAAGAUGUCAAAGAUGUUUCUUUCGGGUUUCAGACAAUAACUUCAGAUGUUUCCAAACUCAGCUCCUUCUUUGCACUGAAAAUGGUCAAACGGCUGUUUGUAGACAAGUCUCUUAAUCCUACCACAGACUUUGUCAACUCCACAAAGAGGCCUUUUCCAUCUGAACUGGAAUUAGUGGAGUUCAAAGAAAAAACUGAGGAAACCCGACAAAAAAUCAACAAAUCUCUUUCAGAGCUAACUGAUGGCAAAAUGGAGAAUAUUUUGAACGAGGAUAGUGUAAGUGGUGAGACUCAGAUCCUUCUAGUUAAUGCAGCUUAUUUUGUCACAAACUGGAUGAAGAAGUUCCCAGAGGCAGAGAUCAAAGAAUGUGCUUUUAAAGUCAACAAGACUGAAACUAAACCAGUGCAGAUGAUGAAUCUGGAAGCUACUUUUUGCCUGGGAUAUGUAAAAGAUUUAAAUGUUUCCAUCCUUGAGCUUCCAUGCCUUAACAAACAUAUAAGCAUGCUCAUUCUGCUACCCAAAGAAAUUGAAGAUGAGACCACUGGCCUGGAGCAGCUGGAAAAGGCACUGACUCCUGAGACAUUAUUACAGUGGACCAAUCCCAGCAUGAUGGCCAACACCAAAGUGAAUGUAUUUCUUCCAAAGUUUAGCAUAGAAGGUGACUAUGACCUGAAGCCACUUCUGGAAAGCCUGGGAAUGACAAAUAUCUUCAAUGAAAGUGCAUCAGAUUUCUCUGAGAUGUGUGAGACAAAAGGUGUGGUUUUGUCAAAGAUCAUCCAUAAAGUCUCCUUGGAAGUAAAUGAACAAGGUGGCGACUCCCGAGAGGUACCAGGAUAUCGGAUUCUGCAACACAAAGAUGAAUUUAAAGCUGACCAUCCAUUUAUCUUUUUGUUUAGACAUAACAAAACUCGCAAUGUGAUUCUCACAGGCCGAUUCUGUUCUCCCUAAGC